AUGGAGCUCGCCGUGGGUGCAGUACCGCCUGGUGCCGUUGAGCACAGAUACGGUCUUCAGGAUGGAGCUCGCCGCGGGUGCAGUACCGCCUGGUGCCGUUGGGGGGCGCUGAGCACAGAUACGGUCUUCAGGAUGGAGCUCGCCGCGGUCACCAAAAUGGCUGGACGCUUGUUUGCUAAUUAUUGGGCAAAGGUGAGCCCCUACUACACAAAGGCCUACCAGGAGAUGUGGGUGGGAAUGGGCAUCAUGGGAUACUUGUACUACAAACUGUCCUAUGGAGGAAAGAAAGCUGUCGACAAGAAGCCCGCCCACUGA